AUGACCUCCAAAAUCCCAACAGGCCUCAUUUCACAAAAUAUGCUACCCGACAAUAAACAAAUGUCAAACACUUCCCCCGGGACACCCGGCACCCAAGACCCGGAUUCCACACAAACAUCAAUAACAACAUCCUCUCCAACAGCAAAUGCUACUACUUCUACAACACCCACCACCCCGCGCCCAAAGCUCAGCGCCCGACUCGGUGCACUCUCUUUUUCAGCACGUCUUAUCCGAAACAAACGUAUCCACGAACUGACCUCUCCUACAAUCUCUAAACUGUCAAACCAGAAACUUGGCCAUAGCAACCGACCCUUCACCAUAAAUAAAACAGUAGACGACGAUACUGAAGAAAUUACACGCGUUCCGAAACCUCUCGCAGAACUUACAGGGCUCCAUGAUCUUGCUGACUUGCACCGACCAAGACUUCCAUCAACUACCCAAUUGCAUCCAAAGUCAGCGCGUACCGCUCUUAUACGCAAACACACAUUAUCCUUUUCAUCAUCUCAAAAGAAUAAAGAGAAUAAAGAGAAUAAAAAAAUUGAUAAAAAUGAUAACAAUGAUAACAAUGAUCCAGCGGAUAACCGGCUCAUGCGGCUGGUCCCAACUGUACCGCCUCCUUUUAGACCCCGCAGGCGGGUGCUUCGGGUACACACAGUCCCCCCAGAAGGCCUUCAAUACAUGAUGCAACAGGCGUUUCGUGGAUAUAGUCGCGGGAAAGGUGUCGUGGAGAUUUACCAGACUCGCGUAGUGCAUUUCUCAAUCCGAGUUCCAAUGGACUCUGAAUUUUUAGAAGACCAAAAGGAUGAAAAUGAUGAAGAAGAAAAUCAUCAACUGAACAAAAAGUCUAGAUCUGGAUCCAGGGCUCUUGUUGCAGGUUCAAAAAGUCAUAAAAGGUCGCCAGUUACAGUGGUAACUGCUACAACAACAACAACAACAACAGUUGCAGGUGGUGAAAUUAACACAGUGACUUCAACAACAACUACAACGGCUCCAAUACCCAGUACUCAAUUGGUAAUCCAAGAUGAAGAUGGUGAAGAUGAUGGAGAAGAUAAAGAUUCAGAACCUAUAGAAUCAGGAAUGUUGAGCGUACCUGGGUCGCCAGACUUUUACAUAGCACGGCCCAGAUCACCUUUAUUUGAAGACCUUUUCGAUGCACUUUCUGGAGCAGGCAAUAAUCGUAGACCUGGAAGUCCCUUUGUAGGCAGAAUCAGUCCUGGCUUUGACAUUUCAGCAGGUACCAACACAAACAUUAACAAUCCGUUUUUGCGGUCUCCUGGAUCGCCAACUUCACCGGUCGACAUGUCGCUGGAUUACUCUUUACAACUGGGCCAGCUUUUGGAAUCAAUCCAUGUGUCACCAUAUUCUUUAGUAUACGAUCCUUCCCUGAAUUCUUCAUCUCCCAUAAAGGUCCAAUCCCCACAUUUUCGGCCACCAUCGGUAGCUCCUGCUCCUUCCACUUCUUUUUCCCCAGCUUUAUUUCCUUUGAAUUUACCGUUAUCACCGCUUCCAUUAUCCGAAACUGCUGGAGAUCUGCCCUUGUCUUUAUCAUCAUCAUCAUCAUCAUCAUUGUUGUCGAUGUCUUCUUUGCACCAUUUGUCUAGUCUACAAUCGGAAAUGCGCAUUGUUGAACUGCAAUUGUCUCCAUCGAUAUUUAGCAGCAAUGACGUCAGCGAGCACAAGGUCCUCGAGGUCACCAGGGUGCAAGAGCAGCAGAGAGAAAUCCAGCAACAGAAGCAAGAGCAGCAGAAGCAGCAGCAGCAAAUCACUAAAGAGCCCUUUAUCGGGCCUAUUCCGGAGUUUAAACAAAGUCCCAUUUCUAAUAGUGGUGAUAAUAACAACUGUGGUAGAGGCAAAGGUGGGGUCGAUAUUAUUAAAGACAAUGAUGUCAGGAAAUUUAUCGCUAUUGAGAAACCCCCCGUUAAACUGCCAACUCAAAUGGCCGACAUGAGAUCUGUGCAAAUGGACCAUGUUUUCCCGGGUCCUUCGCCUAUGAUGUCGGUCCAGCAAGCUCAUACUUUUUACUCUGCUAAUAACAGCAGUAGCAGUAUAGGACCUGUGGCUUCAAAUCCGAUAGGCCCACCUUUUUCUUCCAUAUCUGGAACCUCCAAUAUUGCCGCUACCACCUCGGAUCAUUUCGGGCAAAAGUUGGGAUUGCUAAGGCCCACAAGUUCUGUGGCGGCCGUGUCCGGAAUGUCCCCCCAGGAAGCCUCAUUUCAAGAGACUCUCCAACCAUGUGAUGCAAAAUCCGCCAUUACUAUAGUAGCCAACAAACAUUUGAACUCAAACACUGGAGACCAGCCCUUUACAUGUGGGCCUCAAACCGUUCCAACAACAACACAAUCAGAAGAAAUAGCAGAAGUAACAAAAGCAGCAGAAGCAGCAGCAGCAGCAGCAGUAGCAACACAGAAUGCCUCAUUUCAACUGCCGGACCGGCGGCCAUGGGCUUCGGCGACGGUGUGGCCGGGAUUGAAUAAAAGCCGCUUGAUUUCUCCUCAAGUGAGUGGAUUUUUGACCAGCCCAUCUUCUUCAACUGUUUUAACAACAUCACAACAAGAUCAAACAUUACCAUCAACAUCACCAUCAACAACAAUAACAACAUCUUCAACUCCAAGCUUAAGCUCUUCAAACCAGGAAAUCCCUUCUACCCUUGCAGCCCAUCUUGCCCUCCACAUGGCAUUUCCUCAACACCAUCACCAGCAGCAGCAGCAGCAACAACAACAACAACAACAACAACAACAACAACAACAACAACAACAACAACAACAACAACAACAACAACAACAACAACAACAACAACAACAACAACAACAACAACAACAACAACAACAACAACAACAACAACAACAACAACAACAACAACAACAACAACAACAACAACAACAACAACAACAACAACAACAACAACAACAACAACAACAACAGCAACAACAACAACAACAACAACAGCAGCAACAGCAGCAGCAUCAUCAACACCCUUCAAACAUCAUCAACAUCACCAACAAUCAGCUUAACCACCAGCAAUACUCUUUUGAUCUGGGCCAAGCUUCAAGUAUCACCAUCUCUUCUGCAAUCAACCCAUCUAUCCACCCGUCUCUGGCUUCCUCCAUCACCCAGCAGAUCCACGCCCAAUCUCACGCCCACUGGCUCUCGUUGCAAAACAUGGACCAUCCAGCCUUCAAACUGGAUCCCUUUAAGCUUGAAGACCCUACAGACUCGGUAGUCAUUGCCUCUGCAACUGCUUCGGCUGCCUCUGCGGCUGCUGCUGCUGUUGCAGCAAACAUGUACACCUACAAACCGGAUCCUAUGCACGCUGUUUAUGCGCUUCCCCAAGUAGCAGUUGCGGCCCGAUCUCCGCGCAUCAUCCCACAGCCUCAGCCCGCUAUCAUGGAGCGUCCUCCCACGGCUCCUCUUUUGGUAACUUCAUCGUCGUCUUCGUCAACUGCGGUUUCUACACCGUUGAUUGGGCCCAUGCCUGCCGCGCCAAUGUCGGCAGGAAGUACCACAAGGUUACACUCUACCUCUGCACCAAUGGCUACUCCUCCUCAUGCUCCGACAUCUAUGACUGGUUCACCUCAAGAUUCAGGUGUGGUGUCAUUGGCAGGUGCUGCUGGCCCACCACCCUAUUACAACUUUCAAGGGUACCCGUCGCCUGCUGGGUCACAAAACUCUGGAUUGGCUUAUCCUAUUAGACAGUCGUCUCUUUUCCCUGUUCAGAUGUCUUCUAAUCAGCAACAACAACAACAGCAGCAGCAGCAGCAGCAAAAGUUGCCUCCUAUGCAGUCGUUUUAUGAGCCCCAACAACAAAUGUCUCAGAUUCCUCAAGUUUCUCAAAUGCCUCAAGUUUCUCAGCAGCAACACCCCCAACUACCUCCUUUGGUUGUAAACCAUCAACAACAACAUUAUCCUCAACACCAACAACAUCACCACCAACACCAACAUCACCACCAACAACAACAACAACAACCUCCUCCUCCUCAACAACAACAACCUCCUCCUCCUCCUCAACUUCAACUUCAACCUCAACUUCAGUCUCAGUCUCAGUCUCAGCCUCAACUUCAGCAGCAGCCUCAACAUCUUCACCAUCAUCACAACCACCACCAUCAAUCCCUAUCCCCUCAUCAGUUACCUCACCAACAAAACCAUCACCAGCCGCUCCAUCACCAACCAUACGAGGCCUAUGAGGAAUCUAGCGGUAGUAGUAGUAGCGACUCGGAGUCUGUCCCACAGAAUGGCCAAGUCUUGCAUGUUCACAACCAUCGCUUGCCACAACUUUUCCAAGUCCUCACUGAGUGCAACAUGCGUCGCUCAACUGUCCAGCCUGUUUCAUCUUCCACUCCUUCAAGCCCUUCAUUGUCUUCGUUUUCAAGAAAUAACUCGUCUUCAUCUUCAUCUUCUUCUGCUGCCGUUGCUGCUGCCAUUGCUUCUGUUUCUUCUAAAAAAUUAAAGGAGCGUCCUUGGACCAACCCAGUCAUUAAGAGCCGCGCAGCCACCCAUGUCAAUCUCAUGCAAAGCAAUAUUGAUCGUCUCAUUAAGGCCAAGGGCGGCAAAAAGGGGAAGUACUACUGCACUCACUGCGACACAAAGUACUCAACAAUUCUAGAGUUAUGUGCACACAUGGACGCCGUGGGCACUACACGACCCUACCAUUGCCAGGAGGAAGAGUGCCCAUGGUUUGUAUGUGGGUUUCCAACAGCCUCAGAGUGCUCACGCCAUUCUAAGUCACAACACGGACGACAAGCCAUGUUGGAAUGUCCUACCUGUGACAAGAAGUUUGCACGCAAGGAUUCGUUAAAACGCCACAAACAACUAGUCCAUGAUAACAGGGAUUCUCGGUACAAUAAGAAGCGCCGGUCUUCUGGAGCCGGAGCUGAGCGCAGGGAAUAA